UCGAUGAAAUAAUAAUGGCGGACGAAGAGUUCUACUUGCGAUACUACGUUGGCCAUAAAGGCAAAUUCGGUCACGAGUUCCUCGAGUUUGAGUUUAGACCAGAUGGCAAGCUGAGAUACGCCAACAAUUCAAAUUACAAGAAUGAUGUCAUGAUCAGAAAAGAGGCUUACGUUCAUAGAGCCGCAAUCGAAGAACUGAAGCGAAUCGUCCAGGACAGUGAACUCAUGCAAGAAAACGAUGAGAUAUGGCCGGAACCAGACAGGGUUGGAAGACAAGAGCUUGAGAUUGUCAUGGGCAAUGAACAUAUCUCCUUUACAACCAGCAAGAUUGGAUCGCUGAUUGACGUCAACAGCAGCAAGGACGCUGAGGGUCUUCGUAUCUUCUACUACCUCGUACAGGAUCUUAAGUGUCUCGUCUUCUCACUGAUUGGUCUUCAUUUUAAGAUCAAACCAAUCUAGCGCGUCACAUCGCAUCAUGCAUUCACACGUCUCGGUUUAUUACUUUUUUUAAAGUUGAGUUUUUUUUGUAGUGUUUAGCCAUCAUCUGUUUAAACAAGUCGCCCUGGAAAACGUAUUGAGGAAUAACAUUCCAUUUUGCAGAAAUCUGUUAUUGUUCUCUUAGAGAGUAGUUUCAUAUGUUUCUUAACCAUUUGGUGCACAGAUUAAUUUUAAGAAAUGCAAACAAACAAAAUGUUCAACUGAAUACUGGUCUUACAAUAAAUUGCCAAAGGUAUCCAGUUUCUUUAAAUCUGAUUAAUUUUUGCCCUUGGUAAAAACUGUGACUAAACAGCCUGACCAGUCUUUUAAAGCCUGCAUGAACAAGUUAGUCAAACCUUGCACUCACAAAAAGGUUCAUACCUUUUUUUCCCCAAGGACUAAUCAUGUCUGGUUUAUUACUAGUCCAAUUAUACUAACGGAAGCCAAAGCUUGGGCCUUGGAUGGUAUUCAUUCUGCACAGGUUAUGAACUAUUUUUUUAUCAAUCAGUCAAUCGGUUUAUUUCCACAGUAUCAAAUGUAAAAGGGUUACAGUUUAUAAAAUGGUUACAUCUUACAUUUAUCUUCUAAAGACACUUGUGUUCUUUUUGUAUCUGUAGUUAAACUAAGAAUUGUUCAUCAGCAAGUCGUUGCUAAAUAAAGUUCAUGUUUUGAAAAAAAUUAA